AGUACUAACUCGUUAAUAAGCAUUCAUCGAACCUGGACCAUGAUUCAUUGCCCCAUUUCCAAGCACUGCUAUUGCUAUGUUAAUUUCUCAUUCUAUAUUUAUGUAUGAACUUCACAAAGUGGAAAUCAUCGAUCCAUUCUUUUGAAAUACACGUGAUGAGAACCAUCGAUUAUGCUGGGAAGUUGAAUAUUGCCAACCUGUACCUGUUUUAGUUAGUUUCUGGAUGAAUAUUGGCAGGGGAAGAGGGAAAGUGCAUUUCUGAAUAACAAACGAGCUAGAAGAAUUAAAUACUACUAAUUGGAAGUUGGAACCAUCCACUAUCAAUGGCUUGCAAUAGAAGAGCAUAGUAAUGAUGGAGUGAAGGUUCAUUGUUGAGGUCUUAAUAAUGGAUUCUUCUCCUGCUGAUGAAGAACUUGAAAGAAAGGAGAUGUAUGCACCAUACCUCCACAAAGUGGCAGUUCCUCCAAAACAGAACCUCUUCAAGGAAUUCCAAUCCACUGUGAAAGAAACAUUCUUCUCCGACGAUCCUCUACGAUCCUUCAAAGAUCAAACUAAAUCGAAGAAGCUCAUCCUCGGUGUCGAGGCCAUAUUCCCCAUACUUAACUGGGGGAGAGCUUACAACCUUAAAAAAUUCAGGGGGGAUGUCAUAUCUGGUCUCACUAUUGCAAGUCUUGCCAUUCCUCAGGAUAUUGGAUAUGCCAAGCUUGCACAUUUGGCUCCACAAUAUGGACUGUACUCAAGCUUUGUUCCUCCUCUGAUAUAUUCUGCCAUGGGAAGUUCUCGCGACAUUGCAAUAGGACCGGUAGCAGUGGUUUCUCUCUUGAUGGGUACUUUGCUCAGUAAUGAGAUUGAUCCUGUUACAAACGCUGAAGAAUAUCGGCGACUCGCAUUUACAGCCACAUUUUUUGCCGGGAUUACUCAAGCAACACUUGGGAUUUUCAGGUUAGGAUUCUUGAUUGACUUUCUAUCCCAUGCUGCUGUUGUUGGUUUCAUGGGGGGUGCUGCCAUUACAAUUGCCCUACAACAACUUAAGGGCUUCCUCGGCAUUAAAACUAAAGAUUUCACCACCAAAACUAAUAUUGUCUCAGUGAUGCGUUCAGUGUUCUCAUCAGCCCAUCAUGGAUGGAACUGGCAAACUAUAGUAAUUGGAGCUAGCUUUUUGGGUUUUCUUCUGGUCGCCAAAUAUAUUGGAAAGAAGAACAAGAAAUUCUUCUGGGUGCCAGCAAUCGCGCCAUUGAUAUCAGUAGUGCUGUCCACUUUUUUCGUGUUUAUAACCCGUGCAGAUAAGCAAGGUGUAGCGAUUGUGAAUUACAUUGAGAAAGGGAUCAAUCCUUCAUCUGUUAGUGAAAUUUACUUUAGCGGCGAAAACCUCGGGAAAGGUUUUAGAAUUGGUGUCUUGGCAGGAAUGAUAGCACUGACUGAAGCUGUAGCGAUUGGAAGAACAUUUGCAUCUAUGAAGGACUAUCAACUAGAUGGGAACAAGGAAAUGGUAGCAUUAGGAGCAAUGAAUAUUGUUGGUUCCAUGACUUCCUGUUAUGUGGCAACUGGUUCUUUCUCUCGGUCCGCGGUGAAUUACAUGGCUGGCUGCCAAACUGCGGUCUCUAAUAUUGUGAUGGCAAUAGCUGUGUUCUUAACUCUUGAGUUCUUAACUCCUCUUUUUAAGUACACUCCAAAUGCCAUUCUUGCUGCUAUCAUCAUUGCUGCUGUCAUCAGCCUUGUAGACAUUCAGGCAGCCAUAUUGAUCUGGAAGGUUGACAAGUUUGAUUUUAUUGCUUGCAUGGGAGCGUUCUUCGGGGUUGUUUUCGUCUCAGUUGAGAUUGGACUUCUGAUCGCGAAACUUGGGCGGCAGGUCUCCAUAUCGUUCGCAAAGAUCCUACUACAAGUCACGAGGCCCCGAACUGCUAUUCUGGGAAAGAUUCCUAGGACUUCUGUCUAUAGAAACAUCCAACAAUACCCAGAAGCUAGUAAGGUUCCUGGUGUACUGAUUGUGAGAGUUGAUUCUGCUGUAUAUUUUUCCAACUCCAAUUAUGUUAAAGAAAGGAUAUUGAGAUGGCUGAUAGAUGAAGAAGAAAAAGUGAAAGGAGAGUACCACAUAAAAAUCCAGUUUUUGAUAGUUGAAAUGUCACCCGUUACUGACAUAGAUACCAGUGGCAUUCAUGCCUUUGAAGAGUUACACAGAAGUCUUAAAAAGAGAGGUGUUGAGCUUGUUCUUGCAAAUCCUGGUCCUGCAGUGACAGACAAGCUCUACACAUCGAAUUUCGCCAACUUAAUCGGCGAGGACAAGAUCUUCGUCACUGUUGCAGAGGCUGUUGCACACUGUUCUCCCAAGCUGGCUGAGGAGGAACCAUGAAAUGAAAUUAAAGAUUGUAUCUACUAGCUAGUCAAGGAUGAAGGUGUGAAAGUUAAGAUGAACACUGAAAAAAGUAAGUGGCAAAGUGGACUAUAUGAUCCUUCAAGUUAGUGCUCAAUCUGGAUCCUUAUCCAAAAUUGGGCGUCGGAAAAUUAUAUACUUCCUCCGUUCCUAAUUAAAAGAUCUAAGAAAGUGCGCCGGGUGUAGUGCACUCUAUUUUUUAUACCCUAUUUAGAUUCCUACUUCUUGUUACAAAUUAAUUUCUCUGUCCCUUUGGUACCAAGCAGGUUCACUGUGUAGGAAUAUGUGAAAUGCAACAAAUUGUGAAUUGUUUAUCUUCCACUUCAUGUGUGCAAUUAUUGAUACAGUGGGGUAUAGUUUGAUUU